AGUUUUAUCAUGUUGUAAACCGUUUUAUUUUUUUCUCUUUGGUUUUGAAUUUGAAUCAAAUGGACUAUAGCGUGUAUGUUUCACUAAUUAUAUUUGAUUAUAUCGAUAUGAGUUCCCCGUGGAACUUGAAUCAUUAUUAACUUAUAGAUUCAAUGUCUGAUUGUGGUUUCUAUUGAAAAGCUCAUCUUUUAAUGUCAAUUCAGGCAAAGGCUGCAAUUCAGGCAGGGUUGAGGAAAGGAAAUGCGAGGGAUAGGUCUGGACUGAGCAAGAUCAAUACCGGGCAGGAAAAUAGAAGUCAAAUUAACAACAGUUCAGAUUCUUCCAAAAGUUCCCGCGACUAUCUAGAUGUGCAAAUAUUAUUUCCAAGGUCGCGUCAACCAAGUGACAAUGAAGAAAAUGCCAAGAUAAUAUCAUCAUCUGCGCCACUAUCCAUGUUGCUUAUCCCUUCCCUAAAAGAGCUUCCGAUACUUAUUAAGUCUGCAUUGAAUUUGUUCACAUCUGAAUAGUUUGCCAAUGCAUAAAAAUAUAGGUCAUUACUAAUGAGUAAUGAUUCAGAAGGGUCAGUUGUACAUGCCGUUAUUAAUUCUCUCAUAAAUAUGGAGGGUGCAAAGCCCGGAUCUUGUGAAGCUCUUGUUCGUAGGUUGCUCAAGCGAUCGGCAAGGUUAACAAAUUUCGCAUCUCACACUAUCAUCCCUUUUGUGCUUUAAUUGGUCUCUGUCUUUUAAUUUGAAAACUCGAGAGAUAAAAUUUUGCAGCUCGAGGGAAUCAUCAAUGAGAGGUAUGUAGGAGUUAGCGGCUCGGUUGUUCAAUAAGGGCAAGACGACUCCUGAAUCAGCACAAAAUCUAAACGCGGAAGCAGAUAGUAGAAUAAAAGAGCAGCAUAAAGAACUUAAUUUGAACUCCAACUUGAGCCCUCUCGCUAGAUUUCUACUGCCCAGGUUUGUUAAACUAUUGAUCCUUCGACACACGAUCUUUUUUUUUAGAACAAUGUGACGUUAUAAUGGCACCAAACUGUCCUGAAACCUUCCAUAAUGCAGGUGGCAAAGCCAAACAUCGCGCGAUCUUAACCCGAAU